CUUUGAUCGGCGAGAAGAAAAAGGCGAAUUGGAUUUCGACGCUCGAAAAGGAAGUGUAUGCUGUUGGGUUAUCGCCGAGAUAGAAACGAGCAAAUAUAGUUUAAGUUAUAUUUUUGGUAACAGGAAAUACACCAUGAAUGUAAAGACUGUAAUUUUAGCAGUUUUAGUGGUUGGAAUAUGUACUUUAUGUGGAACGGCAGAGGCAAAAAAGAGAAAGCGCUCACAGCAAGCUAAGUUGGACUUAUUGCCCGACGAAAAAUUAUGCGCUCGUAAGAGAUGCGGACGAAAACCAAAGGGUUCAUGGUGUCAGGUCGUACGGGAUGAGAACGGUCACAGAACACCUACAUGCGUUUGCCCACGAAGCUGUAACACUACGCAAAUUGAGCCAGUAUGUAGUAUGUAUGGACGACAAUACGACAGCGAAUGUCUGAUGCAUUUGGAAGCUUGUAAGAAGAGAAAGAAUAUUAAGCUAGCUUAUGAAGGGCCGUGUAUUGCUUCGCAAGCUAAAUGCCAGUCGCAUGAACUACAACAGUUCCCAUUUCGUCUUCUUGAUUGGUUCGUUCAUUUGAAAGAUGUGGAUGAGUUUGGGAGCGUCGAUUACCAGAAGACUGUAAUGUCAUUGUCGGAAACGGAUAGAAAAGACGUGGCACAGUGGAAAUUUCAGCAUCUGGACCGAAACAAGGACGGUAAAUUAAGCAACAAAGAAAUUAAACGGUUUCGUUUUGCCCUCAUGCCUCUUGAACAUUGUGCUAAACACUUCUUCAAAAAAUGCGAUUUGGACAAAAACAGAAAAUUAUCAAGUGAUGAAUGGAGUGAAUGUUUGGUGACAAGAGCCUUGACAUGGUACCAGGGUAGAAACGAAGUAAACCGGGAGGAAUCUAUACAGUGAUGUUGCCAAGAGAACAUUCUUGCUUAAACAGUUCAGAUUUUUUUGUGAUUUUGUAAAUAACGAAUCGUCAAGCAUGAUCAGCAUAUUCCUAUUCACAUAUACGUUGCAAAUACACAUCAUACGCUUGUA